UGGAUCUCUACGCCUGGCUACGCGGCGUCAGGUUAACGUAUCUAUUUCUCUUUGCGCAACAAUCCCGAACCGAUUCUCGUAUCUCAGUGAGUUAAUACCUAAUUUCGAAUCACCGCGCGACCGAGGACUCUUUUCAGAGUCCCGAAACCGCCGUUACAAUGGAUAUUCAUCGAUGUCGAUUCGUUCCAUACAAACCUUCAGCCAUCAACGCCAUUGCCUUCUCACACCCCAAGACGCGCUCGGCAGUACAGGCUAAUCUUGCGCGACUCGCUAUUGGACGAGCUAACGGCGACAUCGAAAUCUGGAACCCUACGAAUGGCUCUUGGAACCAGGAGCUCAUCAUUCCAGGCGGUAAAGACCGAAGCGUCGAUGGACUUGUCUGGGUCAACGAGCCUGACCAGGACCUUGGCGAUGGACGCGUUGUCGCUGGAAAGUCCCGUCUGUUCAGCAUAGGUUAUACUUCCACAGUCACCGAAUGGGAUCUUGAGACAGGAAGGCCAAAGAGACACGCCAGCGGUCAACAUGGUGAUAUCUGGUGCAUGGCUGCUCAACCUGCUGGAUCCGACAAGGUCACACUCGGCGCCGACUCUCAAGAUCCCACCAAGCUUAUCGCUGGUACAAUCGAUGGCGAGCUUGUCAUGUACUCCAUCGAGGACGAUGAUCUGCGAUUCCAGCGAGUUAUCCUACGAUCGCCUACCAAGAAGGCUCAGAUGGUCAGCAUUACCUUCCAGUCGCGCAGGGUCGCCAUCGUCGGCUGCUCCGAUAGCACAAUUCGAGCGUACGAUAUCGCAAAUGGCCACAUGCUGCGUAGGAUGACACUGGGCUCCGAUCUCGUUGGUGGCUCCAAAGACAUCAUUGUGUGGUCCGUCAAAUGUCUGCCAAACGGUAACAUUGUCUCAGGCGAUUCAACUGGCCAGGUUUGCAUCUGGGAUGGCAAGACAUAUACACAAUCACAACGCAUUCAGAGCCACAAGCAAGAUGUCUUGAGUCUUGCUACAAGUGCUGAUGGUACAGCUAUCCUUAGCGGAGGCAUGGACCGACGAACAAUCCUUUACAAGCAAAACAGUGGUGCUGGAUCAAGAUGGGCCAAGGUUUGGGGGCGAAGGUACCACGACCAUGAUGUCAAGUCUAUGGCAUCUUUUGAGAGUGGUAGAAUCAGUGUUAUUGUCUCAGGAGGACCUGAUGCUAACCCCGUUGUGGUUCCCCUAAAGGAGAUGGGACGUGAAAACCACCGCAUGAUGCCCAGCUUGCCUCAACAGGCUCCUCUAUUGAGUGCACCCAAGGCUCGAUUCGUUGUCAGUUGGUGGGACAGGGAGGUUCACAUCUGGCUUCUCCGAAAAUCAGCCAACGACAUGUUCAACAGCGCAGGCGAAGAAGUUGACAUCAACCAGAACCGCAAACUUAUCAAGACUAUCGUCGUCAAGGGUGAUUCGAAUAUUACUUCAGCAACUAUCGAUGAUGAGGGUUCACUUCUGAUUGUUUCUACUGCUAUCGACGUCAAAGCUUUCAGAUUAGAACACCAAGAUCCUAUCAAACCUUCGGACGUCAAGGUCUCCUCUUCUGAGCUCCCCUCGAAGCUUGCAGGUGUGGGAGCCAUUAAAGUGCAGCUUUCACCUAACGCACAAUGGCUCUGCGCGAUUCAGGAAGGCUCUCGCGUUGUCAUGGGCGCACUCGACCCCGUCAGCCCCAGAACAUCUCUCAUCUUCUCACCGCGCGUACAAAGACUCACACGCUUACGACGACAAACUCCACGCUAUAUCCUCAAUGGAGGUCUUGGCAGUUACGACAGGACCAUUACACAGAUCGCUUUCUCUCCAGACUCCAAGAUGCUCGCUACAUCUGACAUCGCAGGCUACAUCGACACCUGGAUUCUGAGCGAUGGUGAGAAGACCAAGCCAGAGGAUGACGCGUCUUCCUCAAGUGAGAGUGACUCUUCAGACGAAGAAGAGGAGCAGUCAUCGCAGAACAUUGAGAAGUGGGUUCGUAACCCUAGUGCUAAACUACUACCCAAACUUCCUUCUGCAGCUACGGUUCUGUCCUUCUCAGCCGAUGUCCCUCGGACCAAGAUCUCUCCUAGAGCUUCGCCUGAUGGAAUAAAUGGCUCAUCCGAUCAUGUGGACGACUACACCCUCCUCGCGAUCACCUCGUCGUGGAACCUGCUUACCUUCCACCCUCUCCAAGGUUCUCUCACCCCCUGGUCUCGACGUCAUGCCCGAAAGGACCUACCCGCUCCCGUGCAGGAUCUCCUCGACCUCGCCAAGGGUGUCUUCUGGCAAGGCUCUCGUGCUUGGAUCUACGGCGUGUCGUUCCUCCUCAUGCUCGACUUGGCUCAAGACCUUCCCAAGCCUGUAGAUGGCGAGAUUAGUGAAUCCACUACUUCAGGCAAGCAGAGCCUUAAGCGCAAGAGAACAGGUCCAUCAACCGGAGCAGGAGGCAGAAUGGAGGUAGGUGCCAUCGCACCCUCGCAAGUUCGCAAGCAUACAGCUGGUCAGUGGGAGGACAUCGAUAUGGAGGAUGCCCCCCGACCCGAGGACGCCAAUAGCGACGAUGAAGCGGAUCAGCCUGAAGGUGAACUCGCCCAGCUACGGAACCGUCGUGAAGUGGGCAAAGAUCUCGAGGUUGCCGAGACUGGCGGUGAACGCAAGAGCUGGUGGAUGACUUUCAAGUACAGACCCAUCUUCGGCGUCGUCCCUCUCAGCACCGCAGGCCAGCCUCUCGAGAUUGCCCUGGUGGAGAGACCAACAUGGGAUGUGGACAUGCCCGAGAGCUACUUCAGCGUUGAGCAGUGGAGGAAGUAAUGGAGUACGAAAAAUGUAGAUAUACGGCGUGGGUGAUAAGUUCAUGGAUCGUAGAGAGCCAUGUUGAGCAUAGUUGCAAGGGUGAUGGUUGUCAAAAGGGUCUGGACUCAAAAAGCAUGGUCCUAGUUUGUAGAUUUGGAUGUUUAAACUGGCUACGUAGACUAGCAUACGGGCUAUCGAAUCAAAAUUUUGGGAUAUCGGGUUUCUACUGCAUACGUGUACCCAUGUCUGGGU